CUCGAGGGCGGGCGGCGGGCGAGCGCGAAGCGGAAGUGCGUGAGAGGGAGGUGGUAGGCGCCUGGCUGCUGAGGAGGCCGCGGGCGGAGCGGGCCCGGUGAGAGUUCAGUCGCUUCUAUUAAAGCAGAUUCAGAAACAUCAUUGAUGGGAGACUUUUUCAAGGUUUGCUUCCUGAUUUCAUAACUGACAGAGCUGAGACAGUGAAACCUGACUGUUGCAGGGUGCAAGGUGUGAACCUGCUCAAGCAGGUGCAGCUGACGGGUGCUUGCAAAGAUGUCUAAAACUAACAAGUCCAAAUCUGGAUCCCGCUCUUCCCGUUCGAGGUCGGGAUCGAGAUCCCGGUCACGAUCCUUCUCCAAAUCCCGCUCCCGUUCUCGGUCUGUCUCACGGUCAAGAAAGCGCAGACUUAGUUCUAGGUCCCGUUCGAGAUCGUAUUCUCCAUCUCAUAACAGGGAAAGGAACCAUCCGAGAGUCUAUCAGAGCCGGGAUUUCCGAGGUCAUAAUAGAGGCUACAGGAGACCAUAUUAUUUUCGAGGCCGAAAUCGAGGGUUUUAUCCCUGGGGCCAGUAUAAUCGAGGAGGAUAUGGGAAUUACAGGUCAAACUGGCAAAACUACCGCCAAGCGUAUAGCCCCCGGAGAGGGAGGUCGCGCUCCCGUUCCCCCAAGAGGAGGUCUCCUUCUCCCAGGUCUAGAAGUCGUUCUAGGAACUCUGAUAAGUCAUCUUCUGAUCGGUCGAGGAGAUCUUCCUCUUCCCGGUCCUCCUCAAACCACAGCCGGGUGGAGUCUUCGAAGCGUAAAUCUGGGAAGGAGAAGAAGUCAUCUUCCAAGGAUAACCGGGCAUCUCAGCCUGCGGGGGAUAACCAAGGAGACGAGGCUAAGGAGCAGCAGUUUUCAGGAGCAGUGGCUCAAGAUGUCAAGGCAUCUGAGGGAUCAAAACCAUGGCAGGAGAUGACCACCUAUGGUACAAGUUCAGCGUCAAGAGCUUCUGCGUCUGAGCUUAGCCCAAGGGAACGCAGUCCUGCACUAAAGAGCCCUCUCCAGUCAGUUGUGGUGAGGCGGCGUUCUCCUCGGCCAAGUCCAUUGCAAAAGUCGAGCCCUCCACUGUCCAACCCAUCCCAGAUGAGCUCUGCUUUACAAAGCAGCAGCAGCAGCACCUCCUUUCAGGCAGGCUCUCAUCAGAGUCCCUUUGACCAUGGCUCGGCAGGUUUGAGCCCAACAAGGAAGAGUCCUGUGUGUAAAAGUCCAACACCAGUCAGUUCCAUUUACAGUGCAUCUCAGAAGGAGGAAGCCUCAGCUCCUGGAGGAGGAGCCUUCUCCAAAAGGUACCUGGAAGAGCAGAAGCCUGAGAAUGGGAAAGACAAAGAGCAGAAAGUAACAAAUGUUGAAAAAGAAAAAAAUAAAGAAAAAGGGAGUUUCUCUGAGGUGGGAUCAGCAGAUGGAAAGGCAAAAUCUGACUCCUAUACAUCCAAAGCCGACUCGGAGAAGGGAUAUCGCGGCAGCCAGUCGCCCAAACGCUACAAGUUCCGGGAUGACUUUGACAAGCCAAAGGCCCCGGAGUUCCACAAGGAAGGCCAUUAUGGCAAAGAGGAAACAGAUGAUCAGGAAAAGAAAGACAAGGCAAAGGGCCGAAAAGAUUCGGAAUUUGAGGAAGAGCCCAAAUUUAUGUCUAAAGUUGUGGCAACUUCGAGUAAAAAUCAAGAGGAGGAGAGAUCGGGAAAAUGGGAAGGUGUGGUGUUCUUGCCACCUGGAAAAGAGAAGCAGAGGAAACCUGAUGAACUGGAGGAGGAAAGCUAUUCAGAACGAUCAAAGAAAGAGGAGAGAGCAGCAUCCAAGAGAGCAGAAUCAGGUCACAGGGGCUUUGUUCCUGAGAAGAAUUUCAGAGUGACCACUUACAAAUCAAGCCAGGAGAAAAGUUCUUCCCCCCCACCAAGGAAGACUUCUGAGGUGAAGGAGAAACCAGGCUCCAAAGUAGAAGGGCUGACUCCUAGUAAAUCUUCCUUUUCUAUCACCCGUGAGGCCCAGGUCAAUAUUCGAAUGGAUUCCUUUGAUGAAGACCUUGCACGUCCAAGUGGCAUCCUGGCUCAGGAACGCAAGCUGUGUCGUGACCUUGUGCACAGCAACAAGAAAGAGCAGGAAUUCCGUUCCAUUUUCCAUCAUAUUCAGUCUGCUCAGUCCCAGCGAAGUCUUUCUGAACUGUUUGCUCAGCAUAUAGUGACUAUAGUCCAUCAUGUAAGAGAGCAUCACUUUGGGUCUUCAGGAAUGACACUGAAUGAACGCUUUACCAAAUAUCUAAAGAAAGGAAUGGAACAAGAUGCAGCUAAAAACAAAAAGAGCCCUGAAAUCCACAGGAGGAUAGAUAUAUCUCCCAGUACUUUUAGAAAACAUGGAUUCUCUCAAGAGGAAUCAAAAAGCUCCCGAGAUUCUGGCUUCAAGGCUGAAGGGAAGUAUAAGGAUGACCCUGUUGACCUGCGCCUUGAUAUUGAGCGCCGUAAAAAACAUAAGGAAAGAGAUCUUAAACGUGAUAAAUCCAGAGAAUCGGUGGACUCGAGGGAUUCAAGUCACUCAAGGGAAAGAUCAGCUGAGAAAACGGAGAAAAGUCACAAAGGCUCAAAGAAAAAGAAGCACCGAAGGGUACGUGAGAGAUCCAGAUCCAGUUCAUCGUCUUCGUGGUCCUCUCAUUCAGUCAAAGCAGAGGAAUAUCCCGAGGAGACUGAGGAGAGAGAGGAAAGCACCACAGGCUUUGACAAGUCCCGACUCGGGACUAAAGAAUUCCCUGGACCCAAUGAACGAGGAAGAGCUAGAGGGACCUUUCAAUUCCGUGCAAGAGGGAGAGGAUGGGGCAGAGGCAACUUUUCAGGCAACAAUAACAGCAACAGUGGUGGCAACAAUGACUUCCAGAAGAGAAGCAGAGAUGAGGAGUGGGAUCCAGAGUACACACCGAAGAGCAAGAAGUACUACUUGCACGAUGACCGCGAGGGCGAAGGCGCAGACAAGUGGGUGAACCGUGGCCGUGGCCGAGGUGCCUUCCCCAGGGGCAGAGGCCGCUUCAUGUUCCGGAAGUCAAGCACCAGCCCCAAGUGGGCCCAUGAUAAAUUCAGUGGAGAAGAAGGAGAGAUUGAGGAUGAUGAGAGCGGAGCAGAAAACAGGGAGGAAAAGGACAACUCGCAGGCGACGACCGAGUAGCUGCAGGGCCCUGGGAAGGCUUCAGGGCUGGAUUGAUCCUGAUGUGCUGAGCAGAGCCCUGGAGAGGAGCUCGGAAACAACCCCGAUGUUAACCACAUUUCCAGAGUUCAGCCUCCCUUAAGCGUGGACUAAACUGACCAAUCAUUUAUGCUCGGAUCCACUCCUGGAGUUAUCUUCCCAAAGACUUCCCUUCUGGACUGAGUAAGGUCAAGUACGGGCUGAGAUCAGAGAUUUUCCUCUCACCUGUGACCUUAUUGAAUGGUCGGUUACUUUUCUGCUAACAGGCUUAGAAGGCAAAGUGGAGUUUGGUUUGUGCCCAUCCUGCCCCGGUAGUCUUGACAUUUUGGGUUCUCUUUUAUAAAUUGCAAUGCUCUGCUUGGGGUUCGUUCACCCCUGCAAGGGUUUUCCCCCCUAUUGUGUAUUCAGUUUUUUAAAUCCAUACUUUACUUUAGGGCCUUUCUGUAGUGACACCAAUGAAAUGAUAAUUUUGGAAACUCUUUUUGGUUCUUCUCAAUAAGAAAACAAUGAAGCAUGUGAAUAAACAUCUAAAUGUUAACUCCUUGGGACCAAACUCCGAUGACUUUUCUUUUUUAAACCUUUUUUUAUGUAAUUGUUGAGUUUUGGGGCCUUUAAAAAGCAAAAAAAAAGAAAAUGUUUUCCUUUUCUGUUGAAAGUUAACAAAAUUAGCAUGGUUUAAAGAGAAAAACCUGACACCCUACUUCUCACCACUGUCUGUGUACACUGUUAGGCCUGGUGUGUGCUGGAGCCCCGAACCGCUUGUAGGCAUUUUGUGUGUCCUCUCUGCAGCUGGUUGUGAACUCGAUGCUCUUUCCAAGGUACCACAGUUUUCUAAGAAACUUUGGAAUUCUGGGUUAAAAAUACAAAAGGAGAUGAGAAUUUUUUCAAUAUUUUUUAUUAAUCUUUUUAUAUAAAACAAAAACCAAAAAGACGACAGAACCGAAGUCCCUCCUGUGCUGGCUGAGGGUGGCUGGGACUGGGGUGUUCUUUCUAUCUCCCACUUCCCUGUGCUCUGAAGGAGUUUGUGAGCAGCUCUGGGGCUGGAUGAGUGCCUCGGAGCAGGAGAGGCAUGGCCAUGCACCCACGCUGUGUGUAGGCACCGCUCUCCCUCCCUGCCUUCCCUCCCCAUGGAUUGCUGUGCUCUUGUCCCCGCACACACCAAUAGAGUUUGGUUUGUUUUGACUUGAACAGUUCCUGUUUAGCAAAGCCCUCCAGUUUGUUUAUGCAAAUAAAACACAAUAAAAGGAGUAGUAGGUGUAA